AAACCCCCCGAACUGGCCUGGCAAGGUGGUAAUAAUAGAAUUUGAUGAAUUAAAACUAUCUAGUACAGUUCAAAUCACAAUCUAAGUCAAUCCUUCUUUUGGUCAAAGGUUAAAAUAAUAUUUGACUUCUUAUGUUGACAGAUUACAGAUGAUUUCUAUGAACUUAUGUCUUGUGAUUUGCUUGUGACUGCUUCAGAAAAAUACUAUGUAUAGAUGAUCUAGAUGUAAUGACGGACAAAGUCAAAAUAUCAAUACGUGAGAUACUGAUUGGAAUUAGGUUAAAAGAAAAGUUUGUGAUUUAGAUUGCCCCCAAGAAGUAAGAUGACCGCAGAAACCAUAAGUCUGUAUGUAAAGGUGCCACCAGACAGCUUUACUGCUGACCAAGAGACAGAGAAUGUUCUGUUAGGCCUAGGACCACUUUGCCUGAAGGGAUGUAUGGACAACCCAACAUGUGUUCAGCUUGGUACACCUGGGAAUAAACUAUACACAUUUGUCAAUGAAGAGGGCAGUCAUGCCUCAAUGAGAAUCUACAGUCAUGGUUUGGUGACCUUCGAUAUACAGUACCUUAUUCAAGAUGGAACCAGUCCAUAUAACAUGGAUUACAUUCGGAACUUGCAAAGCAAGAUUAAACAAUACCUAGGAACCCUAACCACAGAGGUCAACAGUCUGUAUACCCCUAUUAAACGUGGGGGUCCUGUCUGGCCCUACACAGUUGCCGGUGAUGAGAGACUCAUAGAGGCAGACUAUGAUGCAGUUGUUAGUAAUGUCGAUUCAAGAUGGCAAAAUAUACUCAUAAUGCACUCCAAGGAGCAUGGCAACGUGCUAAGGCUAGACCAUGACACAAUGUAUGGAGAGAGUGACAAAAUCUACAUAGACACUUUAUGCCAACUUGGUAGAUUAGACUUCAAAAAUAAAGAAAUCCUCAUCCUUGGAGGUGGAGAUGGAGGGAUAAUACAUGAACUGCAAAAGGAGAACCCCAAAAUGAUAACAAUGGCUGAAAUAGAUGAGGAAGUGAUUAAAGUGUGUCGGAAACAUUUGAGAAGUGUUUGUGGAGAUACUAUGGAUACAUUUAUAGGCCCAAAUUAUAAAAUCCUAAUAAAAGACUGUGUAGAUGUUCUCAAGCAAGCCAUAGAAUCAGGGAAGAAAUAUGACUUUGUCAUCAAUGAUCUCACAGAAUUUCCAGUAGACAAAGAAUCAAAAGGGUUUGAUUAUGACUUUGAGACAGCCAGUCAAGUAUUAGAGAUGUCCCUACAGACAAUCAAAGACUCUGGAAAAUACUUAGCCAGGGGUAACACAAAGAGUGCAGUAGAAUAUCGUGAAGGUUUUGAGAGAGACGUUAGAAAACUGGGUGCAACUUUUACUAGGAGGGAUGUCCAUGUGCCAUCUUUCUAUGAGGUCUAUUCCCUUUAUGAGAUAUGGAAGUUAUCCACUACAUAGACAUAUUCUCUGUUUGAAAUAUGAAAGGUGCAUGAGAUAUCCACUACAAUUACAGUAUCCACAACAUAGACAUAUUGCCUGUAUAAGAUAUGAAAGUUAUCCACUAUAUAGACAUAUUCUCUCUAUGAGAUAUGAAAGUGAUCCACUACAAGGACCCAUCUUUCACUGUAUGAGAUAUAGAAGUCAUCUACUACAGAGACAUAUUUUCCAUAUGAGAUAUGAAAAUUUUCUUCUUCAUAUACAGAUACAAUUCAAAUGCUGUAUUAUAAUCAAACCAGCAUAAAAUGCAGAGCAUUACAUCUUUUAGGAACUUAUAUUUUUCUGAAAAGGUUUGAAUAAAAGUAAUGUGUUUGUUAUUUUCUGUUGGCUUGGAUCUUAAUAUUAAAAGAAAGAUACCAAUCUUUAUGCAUGCAUGGGUGUUGUAAUAAUUUAACAUCUGGAAUAAUCUGGUACAUAAUCAAUUAGAAGUCAUAUUUGCAGUUUCUGAAACAGUUAUAUUACCC